AUGAAGAUCAUAAUGUGCAACUCCGUAGUUUUGUGGGCGUGUACUGCAUGGUCACAAGGCACAAACAUCUCAGGGAAGCUCAUGUGGCAGGGAGUCGUUCGACGGCAAAGCAAAGAGGUAUCUAAGGGGGAAGAGGAAGUGAGGGAACGAAGGGGAAUGGGGUCUAGACCUCUUAAGAAAGAAUCUUCAAGCUUGAUGAAUUAUCUGGAACUGAUUGGGUUCACGAAGUCACAACUGUUGUCUGAAAUCGUAAGUGUUUCAAUAAAGACGUGGGAUGGUUUUUUUUGUUUCAAUUUUGUUUGUUUCUUUUUGCAGGAGAAGCAUCUUGCCCCACAAAACAUUACCCUAUACGUCAUUCAACGAUGUGACACCAUUUUGCACAUCCAUGUAUCUAAGCUUUAUCUCUGUUUUCUCUUGCCAAGAAGAAUCUGUAUGAAAUUUUUGAACUGA